AUUUGCUCAGAAUGGCGUUCACAUCUUUUUGUCUGGCUGUUGCUGCAACGCUGAGUAUUCAGCCUGACAGACGACAGUUCUUCCGCUACGAAGCCUUCAAUCUGAGCUGUGCGGUGUCAGGGGACUUCAGCGACUGGAUGGUUAUGAGAAAUACUUCUGACGUAUUUUCUCCUUGUGAAGACUGGGGCCGCCCUAACCGAUCCUCCUGUAUCAAUCGCAGUGUUUACAAGACAGACAGUGGGCUUUACUGGUGCCAGUCUAAACGAGGCGAAUGCAGCAAUGUCCUUAACAUCACAAUAAACACUGGUGUUGUGAUCUUAGAGAGUCCAGCACUUCCUGUGAUGAAUGGAGAAAAAGUGACGCUUCGCUGCUCCUACAAAGAAAGAUAUGGCAAUUCGACAUCAAAUUUCCCUGCUGCCUUCUUUAAAAAUGGUGAAUUUAUUGGAGAGGAGCCUCAAGGAAAAAUGUCCCUCGAUGUGUCGAUGUCCAGCAAAGCAUUUUACAAGUGUAAACAUCCCACCAAAGGAGAGUCACUAGAGAGCUGGCUGGAAGUAAAAGAGAAACCUGAACCCUUAAAGCUCGACGAACCAUCUAAAUCUACCGCUUCUUCUCAGAUGAUUAGUCUGCUCUGCACCAUCAUAUUGUUUUUCAUCUACACCAUUGUCUUCAUUGUGUGUAUAAUUAUAUACAGAAGGUGGGCGCGAGGUAAGCAGAUGGCUAUAUUUAAUGAAUAGUCCAAUUUCUUUCGAUUUCAGAAGAAUAAUUUUAUAAGCUGUUCAAUGAAUGAUAUCGAAAUAAAUGAAAAUAUAAUUAUGGAAAAGCAAACAUUAUGAGAUUGAAUAGAAGUCAGCUUCAGUAACUUGGGAUAUUGUAUCUACUUAUUGCAGCAGUUUUGUGGGGAUGUUAAGUUUUUUUUAUAGGAUACCCAAACUACUAACUCCGAUUCAAUUUCAUUAUUCAUCUUCCUAUACUUAAGAAAGUCUAGAAAUGAAAAUUUAGUCUUAUUUUUUUCCAUCAUUCUCAAAUGUUCCAGAUAAUGAAAUCAAUCUUACUGUCAGACAAAUAUAACCUUAGUAAAUACAAAAAAAAGUUUCAAUUUAUGAAGAGAAAAAAGCAAUAGGCCUACAUAAACCCUGAGCGGAAAAUAACCACCAUAUUAUAAAGAGAAACAGAGGGACUCAGUAUUCAAGGUGAGGCAGUCAGUAGGAAAGCUCAAAACAAUUACUAAAACAAACACAAACAUAACUGAAGUGAGCUGCUGAUUAUCUGCAGACCUGUAGUGUCUGCAGGAGGGGGGCCGCCCAAUCACUGUCACUGUAGUUAGGGAGAAACACCGGUAAGUGACCAUGAUAAUCAGAACAGGAGAUGAUUAUCAGAGUGAGUCACUUACCUGUGACAAAGUGGUUCAGUUUGUGUUCACCACUUGUCCCUUAUUCCUUUUCUGAUUUGUAAUGCUACCAUUUAAACAUUAGUUUGAUACUUUGCUUCACUUACUAUCCCAAGUUUUUUUGUGUUAGCAUUAUGUUGCAGUUUACAUCUAUUUGUAUGUUUAGAUUAAAGCUAUUUCUUCUGGAUUAUUGGUUGAAAUUGUUUAUUUUGUUUCCAAUGUAUAUUCAUGGUAUUUGUUUUCCUUUUUACUCACCCUUGUUUAAGUAUUUCCUGCUAAAUUAGCUAGAUGAUGUCAUUAAUUAACUUGCUGGGUUCUACCAUUUAGAGGGUUUCCUUUGGAGUAAUGCUUUGUUUGUUUUUAUUUAAAGUAACUUUUUGAGUUAUCUUGUAUCACAUUGUUUAUUUUGCAUACCCUUUCAUUAUGUAGAUGAGUUUGUAAAUUAGAUUAAUAAUUUUAUUCUUGUUUCUCUGUUUAGACUUUGUUUUUUCUGUUGUAUGGUUCAAUAAACCUUGAAU